UUUUUCUUAACUUUCUCAAAGGCACGUCAAAGACACCCUCUAAUCAACUUCCGCCAUAUCGGUUCCUCAAACCCAAAACUCCCACACGAGUUACCGUAACGCGUGGUUCUGGUUACCUCUGAAAGUCUCGAACUGUGUCUGAGGAACUAGCGAGGGCUUGUUUAUCAAAUCUAGUGGGCGUCCCGAAUCAUUUUCCUCCAAAACCCACAAAUCUUCAGAAGGAUUUUCCUUUGCCUUUUGCCUUUUCUUUUUUCUUUUUUUUUUUCGCCUCAUUUAGUUUCUCGUUUCACUUCGUUUCCCAGCAACCAAACAGGCAUAGUAUUUAUACACAAAAGCUUGUCAUUUCCAGGUGUUUAUAUGUAGGGGAGCAAGUUAGGGUCUGCAAGCCCCAUUUUACUUCUGAGGGAACUUUGGAGUGGGAUUUGUCUUCAGUAAUGGAAACACAAAGCCAGGUAGAAGAAGCAGAGGAGAGAAAGAUGCUUCCGCCCACAUCUGGAACUUUUGAAGAUCGUGAAGACCUUAUUAAAUACGUUCGUGACUUUGGAGCUAAUCAAGGAUAUGUGGUUACUAUCAAAAAGUCUAGGAAGGAUAGAAGAGUGAUCCUUGGUUGUGAUAGAGGAGGUGUUUAUCGUAAUAGGCGUAAGAUUGAUGAGAGUAAACGCAAGAGAAAAGCUAGUUCACGCCUUAUAAAUUGUCCUUUUGAAGCCAUAGGUAAGAAGGAAGAUGACGUCUGGGUACUAACCAUAAAAAAUGGGGAACACAACCAUGAACCAUUAAAAGACAUGUCAGAACAUCCUUAUAGUCGUCGCUUUACUGAGGAAGAAGUCAGGCAAAUCAAACUUAUGACAGAAGCUGGUAUUAAACCUCGUCAAGUGCUUAAGACUCUCAAGCAAAGUAAUCCGGAGCUGCAGUCAACACCAAGACAUUUGUACAAUCUCAAAGCUAAGAUCCGCCAAGGAAAUCUGUCAGAGAGAAGUUUUAAGUCAUGGAGACCCAAUAGAUCCAUGAUUGUGGAUACUAAUGCUGCUCCAACUGGAGGUUCAAAGCAAAACAACAAGAAGCCGUUGAAGGUUCCUAAUUUUGUUGGAGGAAAAUUUGUGGAUUCGCAGGGGUGUGCACUGAUUGACGUUUUAAAUCCUGCAACACAAGAGGUUGUUUCUCAAGUUCCUUUAACUACCUAUGAAGAGUUCAAAGCUGCUGUUACUGCAGCAAAGCAAGCUUUUCCUUCAUGGAAAAACACUCCCAAUACCACUCGCCAACGGAUAAUGUUCAAGUUUCAGGAGCUCAUCCUCAGAGAUAUUGAUAAGCUUGCUAUGAAUAUUACAAUAGAACAGGGAAAGACUUUGAAGAGUGCACGAGGUGAUGUGCUCCGUGGCCUAGAGGUGGUCGAACAUGCUUGUGGGAUGGCAACUCUGCAAAUGGGGGAGUUUGUUCCAAAUGCAUCUAAUGGAAUUGAUACAUACUGCAUUAGAGAACCACUUGGUGUUUGUGCAGGGAUCUGUCCCUUUAACUUCCCUGCAAUGAUUCCCUUGUGGAUGUUCCCAAUAGCAGUCACAUGUGGCAAUACCUUUGUUCUUAAACCAUGCGAAAAAAACCCAGGGGCUGCAAUGAUACUUGCUGCACUAGCCAUUGAGGCUGGUUUGCCUGAUGGUGUCUUGAAUAUUGUUCAUGGCACUCAUGACAUUGUUAAUCAAAUAUGUGAUGAUGAUGAUAUAAAAGCAGUUUCGUUCUUUGGUUCGAAUACAGCUGGAAUGCACAUAUAUGCCCGGGCAGCUGCUAGAGGAAAACAUGUUCAGUCCAAUAUAGGAGGCAAAAAUCAUGCGAUCAUUAUGCCUGAUGCUAGUGUGGACGCUACGUUGAAUGCUCUUGUGGCUGCUGGCUUUGGUGCUGCAGGCCAGCGGGGCAUGGCACUCAGCACAGCUGUUUUUAUCGGAGGUUCAAGGCCAUGGGAAGAAGAACUUGUGGAGCGUGCCAAAGAACUUAAAGUAAAUGUAGGAGCAGAUCCAAGUGCAGACCUUGGUCCACUUAUUACUAAAGAGGCAAAGGAUCGCGUAUGCAGAUUAGUACAAUCUGGUGUCGAAAGUGGUGCUAGAAUGCUGCUUGAUGGGAGACAUGUCGUGGUACGAGGAUAUGAGAAUGGAAAUUUUGUUGGCCCUACCAUCUUAUGCGAUGUUACAACCAAUAUGGAGUGCUACAAGGAAGAAAUUUUUGGACCAGUCCUUAUUUGUAUGCAGGCUGACAGCCUAGAAGAGGCCAUAACCAUUGUGAACAAAAACAGGCAUGGAAAUGGAGCUUCCAUAUUCACGACAUCUGGUGUUGCUGCUAGGAAGUUCCAGAAUGAAGUUGAGGCUGUGCUGGUUGGGAUCAAUGUUCCUGUUCCAGUUCCAUUGCCAUUUUCCUCAUUCAAUGGAUCGAAGGCAUCUUUUGCCGGGGAUCUAAACUUUUGCGGGAAGGCUGGUGUGCAAUUUUACACCCAGAUCAAAACAGUGGCACAACAGUGGAAGGAUUUACCUAAUAUUAGAGUGUCUCUAGCUGCGCCUCCAUCAUCUGAGAAUGAUACAACAAGCCGAGGAGUAUCUUCAGCAUUUCCUGCCACUUCUGAGAGAGACUCACCUAGCCAAAGAAUGUCACCAGCCAUGCCUCUAGCAUCCGAGAGUGAUUCUCCAACCUGUGAAGUAUUGCCAAUUCCUCCAACAUCUGAGGCGGAUGUACCAAAUCCAUCUGUGUCUCCAACAGCGGAUAGAGAUUUAAGAAGCCAGGAAGUGUCCAUGGUCUUACCUCCAACAUCUGACAGGGGUUUAUCAAACCUUGAAAUGUCAGUAGCUAUGCCUCCAUCAACAGAGAGGGAUUUACCAAGUGAAGGAGUGUCAAUAUCGACACCCAAGUCAUCUGAAAGGAUAUAUAUACCUCAGUCUCAGUGGAAUGAAACUCAACCCCCAGCGUCUCAAAGGAGUGAAACUAUUCCAUCAACAUCAGACGGGAUUCAUGUGCCUACAUCCCAGAGGAAUGCAGCAUCUCAAAGAGCUGAUGUUGCAAUGGCCUUAACUUCUGAAAGGGUAUAUGGUCCUUCAUCUCACGCACUCGACAAUAUGGGUCCAACUUCGUGCAGGAAUGAGAGUGUGGCUCCAACAUCUCAUCGGAUUGACACUACUGUGCAUGCAACUUCCGACAGGGUAUUCAUGCUGGCAACUUCUCACUUAAAUGAUGGCAUGGGUCAAACCUUUCAAAGGACUAACACCAACAUGUUUUCAACUUCUGAGAGGCUAUACAUGCCCACCACAUCUCACCUGAAUGACCAUAUGGGUUCUACAUCUCGGAGGACGGAUAUUGCUUUGCAUCCAACUUCAGAGAGGAUAUACAUGCCUGUAACAUCUCAAAGGAAUGAAAACAUGGCUCCGGCUUCUCAGCGGACUGAUGCUGUUCCCCCCACGCCUGAAAGACUGUACAUGUCUCCUAUAGUUCAGAGAAACCCGGGCAUGCCUUCAACGACUGAGAGGUUAUAUAUAUCACCAACAUCUCAGAGGCUGUACUCUCAAAACCAUAUAAUUUCAAUGGAUGAGUUCCCCAGCCAAGGAGCGUCGUUGACUUUGCCAUCAUCUCAAAGGAUUUAGGAUAUUACACAGUACAUUUGUGUUUCCUUUUAGGAGCAAUGUAGACAAUAAUCUCAUGAUGCAAGCAAGCUUUCUUCGUUUUUGGCAAUACACAUUCGUUGUCUUCUCUCUAGGGGAGUUGGGAAAAGCGAGGAAUGACAAAUCACCUUGUGACUGAUGAAUUAACUCGAAUAAAACUCUUGAAAACGCUCUCCCCCCGAGACUCUGAAAAAACAA